AUGCACCACAAACACUGCAGAAAACUUUGUGACAAAGAAGUGCGUGAUGAUCAAAGGCCUUUUAAAUUUCACCGGCCACCACUCUGGAAACACCCAAAAGUGUUCGUACACAACCAGUACGUCGGUGUAAACCAGAACUCGUUGAAGCACCAUGCGGCGCACCCCCGCCAUAAUUGCGAGGCUUCGACCCUCCUUCCCACUACCUCGACCCUUCAGCUUCAGAUCCUAAUCCCGCCAUCCGAGUUUACAUGGCCGACCUGACCAGCAUCCCUGCGUGCAGACAACCUCCUCAAACAGCUACAUGGUGUCGAAGCAGGGGCGGUUGAAACCUCACUGAAAUCUCGACAAGGUUGUUUCGAUUUGAUUCCCAUAUUAUGACUGGCACUCGGCCCUUCCUCAGCAAAGUAAUCCUCCAACGUUUUCCUCUGGUUUUCCUUCCGCCUCAAUCCCCCAUUCCAUUUCGAAUCCCGCGUCUUCCACCUCAAUUGCCUCAUACAAACUUCCAUGUACGCCUUGAUCAACACAAACUCUGCCUCGUCAUUUCCGCGUGAUCGCUACGCAAAGUCCUUCCUCCACUACUAAAAUCGACGUAGUCGAUGAUGGGUGGGCGCAGCGCGCGGCUGAGUUGUGGGCCUGAAUGACGUGAAAGGUAGUUGAGAUACAAAAAGGUUGGACUUGGGAUACAACCUCGAUUCCACGCAAUACGCACAUAAUCUCUCGGAAUCGGGAAUCAUCGUUUGUUGUACCUCUCAAGCCCAAUCUCAGACGGCGGAUGCGAACGAGAGGGAGGGAUGUUUACGCGGAGCAUGUUGAUCCGUUAAACCGUUGCAGGAGUGUAUCGUGCAUAGUAGGGGUGUUGCUCCCUCUUUGGACUCUUGGACGUCGACUUCAUCUUCGUGCCAUUCACUCCUGCUACCGUGGCGUGGCCUUGUCGAGUCCGUCUUCGACCCCACUUCGUCGAGUUCAAUUUUGGAUUAUUCUGAAAAACUGAAACCAGGAUGGCCGACUACGCCCACAAAUCAGCCAACACCGGCUCCAUCUACCUCUCCGCCAUCUCUGAAUCCGACCUCUACUGCCGCUACGUCCCA